GAAGUUUUAGCACAAGAAAAGCCAUUAACAAUGUUGAAAAUGAUAACCUCAAGAGCUUCUUUGCUUUUACUUUGUUUCCUUUUUCUCUCCUCACUUUCAUGGGCAGCUUCAGCUCAUGCUAAUGAAGCUUUUCUUUCAUGUCUUUCCAGUCAGUUGCAGAACUCCACCAAUAUCUCCCAAGUGAUUUACACACCCAGUAACCCUUCGUAUUUAUCUGUUCUGAACUUCUCUGCCCAAAACUUUCGAUUCACUACACUUGACACCCCUCGACCUCUAGUCAUAAUCACACCGUUGCAAGAGUCUCAUAUUCAGAUAACUGUAAAUUGUUGUCGAAAAUAUGAUAUCGAGAUACGAAUUCGAAGUGGUGGACAUGACUAUGAGGGCCUUUCUUAUGUUGCUCAAGUACCCUUUGCCAUCAUUGAUCUGCGUAACAUGAGUUCAGUGUCCGUUGAUGUCGAAGAGAAAACAGCGUGGAUUCAAGCUGGGGCGACUCUUGGUCAAGUUUAUUAUUACAUUGCAAAUAAGAGUAGCACUCUUGCCUUUCCGGCAGGUAUUUGUCCGUCGGUGGGUGUGGGUGGACAUUUUAGUGGGGGAGGUUAUGGUAUGUUGAUGCGUAAAUUUGGCCUUGCAGCUGAUCAUAUCAUUGAUGCUCGAUUAAUUGAUGUCAAUGGUAGAAUUCUUAAUAGAAAAUCAAUGGGGAAAGACCUCUUUUGGGCCAUUAGAGGAGGUGGAAGUGCUAGUUUUGGGGUCAUUUCAGCAUGGAAAGUAAACUUAAUUACUGUUCCAGAAACUGUUACUGUUUUCAGAAUAAACAAAACUUUGGAACAAAAUGCGACCACGCUUGUCCAUCAAUGGCAAUACAUCGCACCAAAGAUUGAUGAAAAUCUUUUCAUCAGAGUCUUCUUAAGUAAUGUGAACUCUAGUAUAGACGGAAAUAAAACAAUACAAGCUUCGUUCACUGCGUUGUUUGUUGGUGGGGUAGAUGAUCUACUUUCAUUGAUGCAAGAUAACUUUUCAGAGUUAGGUUUGGUACAAGAAAACUGCAUAGAAUUAACUUGGAUUGAAUCAGUACUCAAUCUUUUCGGUGGAGAAUCAGUCAAUAACUUGUUGAACAGGGAAUUCCCCUUCAAAAGUAACUACAAACUAAAAUCAGAUUAUGUAAAGGUGCCCAUUUCAGAGAGUGUAUUUGAAGGAAUAUGGGAAAUAUUAUAUGAAGAAGAGAUCAAUGUGGUUUUAAUGGUAUUAAAUCCUUAUGGCGGAGUGAUGAGCAAGAUUUCAGAAUCUAAAAUACCUUUCCCACAUAGAGCUGGAAACUUAUACCACAUUGAAUACCAAAUAGUGUGGGCUGAAGAAGGGACAACAGCUUCAGAAAGGCAUAUCAAUUGGAUUCGAAGGCUCUACAAGUAUAUGACUCCUUAUGUUUCUAUGAAUCCGAGAGAAGCAUAUAUCAAUUACAGAGAUCUUGAUAUAGGAGUCAACAAUGAAGGCAACACGAGUUAUGCACAAGCAGGUGUUUGGGGUACUAAAUAUUACAAGAAGAACUUCAAUAGAUUGGUGAAAGUGAAGACUUUGGUUGAUCCUAGCAACUUUUUCCGGAAUGAACAAAGCAUUCCACCAAAAUUUCUACCAUGGAUACAGAGAAUUGGAGAUCAUUCUCCAAUGGGAAAAGACAUUAUGUAAAAAGUCCUACUUUCUACUGUUAAAUCAUCAAUAAAGGAACUAUGAAUAUGAGGAAGAUGUUUUCUCAGAGAUCAAAAUCAUCUUUGUUUUAUAUUUUGUCAAUUUUCAUGAGUUCAAUUUUCUACCAUAAUAGUCACUUGAUCCUAUUGUUCGGUUUCAAUGUAUCCUCUCGACACCAAAUAGGGCAUAACAAAAUUUAAGGGAAG